AGAAUAUAUUACAUAACUACGAAAUUUCCCGUAAUUGUUAUAUCCCUACUAUUUGCUCUCUUCUAGUUCAAGCUAGAUAAGAGAGUUGUGUAAAAAGAAUUGUUACGGAUAACAAUCGUAGAAUAUGGCUGCAACAAUUAUACGAGCAUUAUACAUACCCAGGUACAUAACGUACUCUAUUUGGAGAACAUAUGUAGCUUCCCUAAUCAUUCGUGACGGUUGAGCGCGUAUCUUCGGAUUGAGGUACGUACCAACCGUAUCCGUUGUAGCAGUCCGUUUAGCGGGGCACGAAAUCCGGGGUAAAUUUCGGGCUGUUGAUUGGUCCAUAACCGUAACGCCCUGGUCCCCUCCAAAUUCGCCGACCGUUAGCUUCAUACUUCCAUUUGCCAUAUACAUCUUCAGAGCAUCUCAAGCUCAGAAAUCGAACAACAUCUCUCACGUACUUUGGAGCGCCAUUCUUCACUAAAUAUCUAACUUCGACCACAAUAAAUAUCCACCAUGGCGCCCAUGACACGCGUAGACCACGAUGCCCUUGAGCAACAACUCAAAGACACAAUCCAAACCCUAACGAACCUAAUGGUCCAAGUAACCAACUACGACGCAACCAGCACCAACCCGGGAACCCCCUCCAACACAACCUCCUCCCCCUCCGGCCGGACCUCGCGCGACGUAAUCUCAUCCGAACUCCGCGCCCUCUCCGCCAACCUCCAAGCCGUCCACACCCGCGCCACAAGCACUGAUUCCUCCCAAGCCGGGCUCCCACAAGUACCUCCCGAGCUAAUCCAAUACGUGGAUAACGGACGUAACCCCGAUAUCUACACGCGUGAGUUCGUGGAGCUGGUGCGACGUGGGAAUCAGUUAAUGCGCGGGAAGCAGAGCGCUUUUGCGUCGUUUCGUGAUGUGUUGGCUGCGGAGAUGGAUCGCGCUAUGCCGGAGCUUAGGGAGGAUACGGCGAAGGUGCUUGUUAAUACUAGGGGUACGAGGAGAUGAUUGGUCGCAUGGGAUGAAUGAAUACAAAAAGUGGUUGACAAGAGAAGGACUGCCAAUUUGCGGAUGACUGGACUGCGCGUCUAAGCAGAAGUACGCUUGGGACUUACGGAGUUCGAUCGGAUAGGAGCGGAUUUAUUGCAUGCUGAAUUGGCGUUCUGGUUGUCUUUUUUAGGAGUGAGGCACUUGAUAGGACACUCAGCGCAUGGAAGGGUUAGGAGUUUCCGCAAACCUGAUUAUACCCAUGAGAAACGGAAUCAAACUAUAGAGAGACCUAGACUUCGCGAGUAGCUGGGUUGCCUGCCAUCAACUACGAUUACUUGAGGCCAUCACAUAUAGCAAAACGCAGUGCGCAUCUGGUUUAAUAUGAAAAACUUGGAAAUCAU